UUUAAGGAUUCAAUUCAUGACGGAUCAAGGACGUCCAUUGCCGAAGUUUGGGGAAUGGGAUGUGAAUGAUCCUUCAUCGGCAGAAGGGUUCACGGUGAUAUUUAAUAAGGCUAGAAAUGAGAAAAAGACUGGUGCCAAUCCUCAAUCGCCGGCAAAGAAAUCCAGACCUCAAGGACUGCAUCAAUCUGGGAAACCUCAAACUAAAAAAUGGUUCUGUUGCAUGCAAAUUCCACAAGCAGAGUCUUGAGAAUGAAGAUGAUGAAAUGGGAC